AUGAAUAUAGCCACAUUCGUCGAUCACAAUAACACAACCCUGACAUACCUACAGGAAAAAGACUACCCAAAUGCCGCCGUGUCGUCAUUGUCAGCUUUGACACACCUCCGUGCUUCCCAAGAAGUGCAACUCCACGACCUUCAACCUCAACGUCCACCAGGAGCCGUUGAUAGCAGCCUGGAUAAGUGCAUGCUCCUUUACCAAGAUUUCGAUGAAGACGAAGCCGAAUUAUCAUCUUCUGUCGUUAUCUACCACCAAGGAAUUCUGAUCCCUUCGACAAUGGUAGGCGAUCCAAGAAUCACUACUCCUAUUCUUAUCUUCAAUUCAGCACUUGCACACCAUCUGUCAGCGGAAGCAUCACAAGGCGCCGCAUCGUCGCCCCGGGAACUAAACAAGGCGAAGCGCCUUUACGAGCUUGCUUAUCAAUCUCAGACAAUAUCUGAGAAUAUGAUGUUUCGUUGCGCUAUUUUCAACAAUAUUGCAAUGAUUGACCUGAGGUUGGGGAAUGAAGAGCAGUCGAAGCAGUACCUGAGCCUUGUCAUGUCAGUGAUGAUGACUUUUGUGGAGCAAGGCUUUAGGGUAAAACUGCGUUGCUUACAGGGCUUAUGGGCGAAUGUAUGUUCCAUCAGUCAAACGGCAACAGCCGCGUGA